CGGCGCCGCCGGCGGGCCGAUGGCGCAACCGGCGGGGGGCGCCGAGGAGGCCGCCGCGCUGGUGAACGAGUUGGGCCCGGCGGAGGUGGCAGUCUUCGUCAGGCUGCUGCAGCCGUCCGUGAAAGGGGCCCUGAGGGAUGCGCUAGCGAUCCAGCAGGGGCCGCCCGCGAGACCGCCGCCCCAGCACGGCGGCCCCGAGGACGGCGAGCCCUGGGGCGGCAAGGGCGGCGAUCGGGCGAGCGCGCACACCAAGGGCGGCAAGCAAGGCGGCAAGCAGGGCGGCAAGCAUGGCGGCCCUUCGGGCAAAGGCGGUCCCGGCAGUGCUGGGCGCGGCGGCGCUCCUCAGCAGGCCACGCCAGAGCAGCUGGGGCCGCUCGCGCAUCCGGAGUUCCUGCCCGCGGCGGUGUCGGAGACAGGCGAGCAGGUCGCGUUCCAGGGGGGUACCGGCACGCCGUGGCAGCUCGUCGGCCCAGAGGAGGGCUCCUUCCGAUGGGACCUGCAGGACAGGGACGCGGUGUCCCAGGACGCGAAGCAGGAGGUGAGGGAGCUGCUGGAGCAGUACGCGGACGAGCACGGUAUUUUCGUUGGCCGCGGCUCGCCAGUGAAGCUGGCGCUGCGCCGCGGGAGCUUCUGGAUCUCCUUGGCCACGGGCCGCUGCGCGGCCGACGCGGCGCCCGCGGAGCCCGGCGCCCCGGGCGGCGAGGCGGCGCCCGCCGCGGCGCCGGCGCCGGCGCCGGCGGAUUUCAACGGCAGGGCGGCGCUGGCCCCCCGGCUCCCCGACGACGCGGCCCUGCUCGGCGGCUGGGCUAGACCCCCCACGCUCAGCGUCAGCGGGCUUCAGGAGCAGGGCGGGACUGGCGAGAGGCCCUGCAUGUCGCUGAGGGUGAUUGCGGAGUUGUGCAAGGCGCUGCAGGAGCAGACCACCAGGAUCCCCGAGCGUGCCACAGCCCUCCCGCCCGAGUCCAGGGCGGAGGCCAAGGAGCACGAGGCCGCGGUCGAGCUGGCGAAGGCCGAGGCGCACAAGCGGACAGCCAGAACCAGCAAGCACAUCAAGAUACACGCCAAGGUUGCCCGCGACGCCAGGCACGCGCCCGCAGUCCCCAACGCGUCCUCGGAGGGCGACGCGCCCUCGGAGGCGGCGGGCGGCUCCCGCCGGCCCCCGCCUGCGCCCGCUGGGAGGCACAGCCAGGCCUCCUCCCGGGGCCGCAGUGACGCCGCUCCGCCCGCGCCCUUCGCCGCCAGCACGUCGCUGGAGCCCGCCGGGGGCACCGCCAGCAGCGCUGCCGCGGCGCCUGGCGACGCAGCCCCGAGUGCCCUGCCAGCCGCGGGCGCCCUGCCGCACUCGGGCGGGCCUGGCGGAGCCCGGCGCGGCGCGCCCGCAGCCUCUGAGCAGGCCGAGGCGCCCGCGGCGAGCGCCGACGAAGACUCCGAGUGCGGCGGCGGGCGCUUCGAGGAGGGGGUGGCCUACGAGCCGCUCGGCAUGCCCUCGCGGCCGUCCCCGCAGAGGGCGGGUGGCGCCGCGGAGUGCAGGCGGAUCUGCCUGGAGGAGGCGUUGUGCGCGUACUUCUCCUUCGAGCGCUCGGGCUCGCCCGCCGACGGCGGGGGGAGCUGCCACCUGCACGACGCGCUCGCCGUCCGGCGGCCCGGCAGGGCCGGGUUCACCGCCGGGCCGCGCCAGACUUGGUGCGAGCUCUCGGACGAGGUGAGGAAGCGCUGGGUCAGGGCGAACGCGAGCGCUGGCGGCGCGGGAGGACCCGCAGAAGGUCUCGCGUUCGUGCCCCCGGCGUACCGCUGCAUGGUCAUCGGCGGCUCCUACUCCGCCACGCUGGUCUCCAAGGUGAUCGACGAGGCGGGCCCGCGCACCGACCCCACGGGCAUCUUGAGGUGCCAGCAGUGGUGCGCCGACACUCCUGGGUGCGCCUUCUUCAGCCUGGAGGUGCGGAACAGGUCGUGCUGGCUGCACCAGUCCAGCGCCAAGCUGAUGUUCCCCACGUUCGGGCGCGUGGGCGGCCCAGCCAGCUGCGACGGCGUGCCGCUCUCGAGGCCCAGCUGCUCGUGCGCCCCCGCGGCGCGGCCAGAGGCCGAGCCCACUUCGCUCUCCGCAGCGUCGGCCGGGGACCAUCUGGCCAGCGGUGUCGCUGGCGAGGGCUCCGCCGGUCCCGUGGCCGCGCCGGUGCUGGCCUGGCUGCUGGGCGCCGCGCUGCUGUACGCGCUGCCCUGCUGGGCCGCGCGCGUGGGCCUGCCCAGCCGCUGGCUUGUAGCGCCGCGCGCGCGGCAGGUGAACUCGCGCGCUGCUCCGGGCUUCCACGACGGCGACCGACUCCCUCUGCUGCGGCGGCUGGCUAGCGGCGCCAGGCCGCUGUGGUGCGUCGGCCCCAGGCUGCCCGUGGCCGACGAGUACCACGGAGUGCCCCAGGUCGUCGGCGUCGAGCUGCAGUUGUUGCCGUUGGCCUGGCCGCCGCAGCUCGCGUUGGCGUGUCGGUGGCGGUCCGGCGGAAG